AUGAAUAAGCUUAGGCCUUGGGCGCCCCCUACGACAAAGUCACUCGAUCCCCAGUUCCUCGACAAGGUGGUGCAGACUCUCUUCCCACCGGAGGAAGUGGGUUGGGAGCAAGAGUUCCGCACCGAAGAAAACGGGACCAAGAUCAAACUACUUGGUCUCUGGCUGGACUGUACAUGGAGUUUCGGCGAGCACAUAGUCAGCGUUGCCCCCAGGGCUAAGGCGGUGGCAAACAUCCUCUGUCGCCUUAUGUCCAAUCUCAAAGGGGUAGGCAACAGGGCUUGCCGACUCUACGUGGGAGUAGUGCAUUUGAUCGCCCUAUACGGGGCACCGAUCUGGGCCCCGAAAAUGAUGGCUACCGAGCGCCUAAGAGCACCCAUGCGCAAGGUGCAGAGGCAGGUGGCCAUUAGGGCGGUAAGAGGGUAUCGCACCAUCUCCCACGCGGCAGCUUCGACUCUGGCCGGGAUUCCGCCCAUCGAGCUUCUGGUCGAUAAAUUCGCCAAUGUUUUCUGA